AUGCCGCCCAAGAAAACACCAGUGAAGAAGGUUCCAGAAGCAGCUGUGGAUGGAGAACUGAGAGCGCUGUUCCUAAACCGUGGGGCUGCUCAACGAAAUGUUAGCAGAAUCCAGACCAUCCUGGAGCGAGCCGAAGCAGACAACGUCGAGCUAACCUCAGCCAAGAUAAAAGUGUACCAACGAAGCGUCGAAAAUGCCCACACCGAGUAUACCAGAUUCCAUCAAGAGACCAUCGCCCUGUCCCCGCCAGACUAUCUAGAGGAGCAAGAAGAGUGUUACCACAAGUUUUUGGACCUGUACGAGGACGUGUCUGUGCUGCUCGAGAGCUGGAACGAGAAGUUUACUGCACCCCCAACCCAGCAUCCAUCAUGUGUCACCAACCAGCAGCCGAUCAUCGUCCAAUCGCAAUCCUUUGGUGCUCCAUUGCCAACCUUCGAUGGUCAUUAUGAAGCAUGGCCCCGCUUCAAAGCCAUGUUCCAGGAUCUGAUGCAGCGUUCGUCAGAUUCAGAUGCCGUGAAGUUGUACCAUCUCGAGAACUCCUUGAAAGGUGAUGCCGCUGGUGUGAUCGACCUGGAAACAUUGCAGGACAACAACUACCAGCGCGCAUGGGACAUCCUGGAGGAAAGGUUUGGAAACACGCGGGUGAUCCUGGAAUCGCAUAUUCUGGGUCUCCUGAAUCUGAAGCGGAUGAGUAAGAGAUCGUCGAAGGAACUCCGAAGCCUCAUUGAUGAAUGCACCCGCCACGUGGAGAACCUUUUGAAGCUUGGUCAACCGCUUUCAGGAAUGUCGGAGUUGCUCGUGGUGACUGUGCUCACUCGUGCCUUAGAUGAUCAAACCCGUGAGUUGUGGGAGACUUCAUUUGAUCAGACUGAGCUUCCUGAGUACGAGCAGACAAUCAAGUUCCUGAAACAACGAUGCGUCAUUCUGGAGAGAUGCGAGAGCAGUGCACCCAAGGUAUCCCUGAAUCCCAAGGUCUCCAACCAGAAGCCGCCAGCGUCCAAAUUAAUGCCUUCCAAGUUAUCCAAUGCAGUGUUCGUGUCGUCGGUAAACUGUCCGUGGAUCAGCGCCAUACCAAAGUCAAGAAGUUACACCUGUGUUUCAAUUGUUUAA